CGGCGCCGCCCAUAAACCCCACGACCCAGACCAACCGCCGCGUCUCCCCGUCCCCCUCCACGUCUCCCCAUUCCCGCCUCCCGAGGCCCGAGGCCUCGACCCUGUUGGGCACACAUGGGACCCACAACCGGCUCCCGCUUCGUCUACAAUCGCCGCCGCCGAGGCGGGCGGCACGCCGUCGAGGAGGCUUCCGACGAGGAGGAGCAGCGGGUGGAUAGCUCCUCCUCAUCCUCCGACGAAGAAGGAGAUGAGGAAGAAGAUGCCGAAGCGUCCGGAGAGGACAUCGAUGACGAGGAGGAAGAGGAGGCGGUCGCUGCCGAGCCUGCGGCCAAGCAGUCACCCGCAGCCGCGGAGACGGGGGAGAAGAGGGGCGGAAGGAAGGGCCCGAUCAGCAUCAGCCUCAAGAAAGUGUGCAAGGUGUGCAAAAGGACAGGGCACCAGGCAGGGUUCCAGGGGGCUGUGUACAUCGACUGCCCCAUGAAGCCUUGCUUCUUAUGCAAGAUGCCAGGUCAUACAACCUUGACUUGCCCACAUAGAGUAGCAAUGGAGCAUGGUGUCAUCCCAGCCCCUAGAAGGAAUACAAACACUUCACUAGAUUAUGUCUUUCAGAGCCAAGUCAAGGGCAAGAUUUCCAUGGUUAAGCCUAAGUUUCUGAUACCCAACCAACUAGAGUGUGGAAACAUAAAAUUUCAUCAGAGGCGUGUGACAUGCUUGGAGUUUCAUCCAACUAAGAACAAUGUUCUUUUAUCAGGAGACAAGAAAGGGCUUCUGGGUAUCUGGGAUUAUGUUAAGUUGCAUGAGAAGAUUACAUAUGAUUCUGUGCACUCCUGCAUUCUGAAUAGCAUGAAGAUUGACACCACCAACGAUGGGAUGGUAUAUACAGCUUCCUCUGAUGGUACUAUCAGUUUUACCGAUUUGGACACUGGCAUUGGCUCCCCCUUGCUAAAUCUCAACCCGAAUGGUUGGAAUGGUCCAAGCUCUUGGCACAUGAUAUAUGGGAUGGACUUAAACACUGACAAAGGUCUUCUUUUGGUGGCAGAUAACUUUGGUUUUCUUUACUUCCUGGAUAGACGGUCAAAGACGAGAAUUGGACAUCCAAUUCUGAUCCAUAAAAAGGGUAGUAAGGUAACCAGCCUACAUUGCAACCCUGCACGACCUGAAGUUCUUCUAAGCAGCGGAAAUGAUCACUAUGCCCGUAUUUGGGAUACAAGGAAGCUUGAAGCCAACUCUCCCCUUGCCAGCCUUGCUCAUGGACGGGUCGUUAAUUCAGGAUACUUUUCUCCACGAAGCGGAAAUAAGAUCUUGACAACUUGUCAGGACAACCGAAUUCGUGUAUGGGACUAUAUUCUUGGUGAUCUGCAAUCCCCAAGUAGAGAAAUUGUGCACAGUCAUGAUUUCAAUCGUCAUCUGACUCCCUUCAAAGCUGAGUGGGAUCCAAAGGAUUACACCGAAACCGUUGCUGUUAUUGGCCGUUACAUAAGUGAGAACUACAAUGGUGUUGCUCUGCAUCCAAUUGAUUUCAUAGAUACCAGUUCUGGGAAGCUUCUGGCUGAGGUGAUGGACCCUGACAUAACAACCAUCAGCCCAGUGAACAAGCUACAUCCACAAGAUGACAUCCUAGCUACAGGAAGCUCAAGGUCUAUUUUCAUUUGGAAACCAAAAACUGAAGAUGAACUUACUGAAGAAAGGGCCAAACAGAAGACCAAGGAAUACAUCUAUGGAUCAAGUUCCCGAAAGAAAGCAAAUGGCAAGCAUGGCAAUAGUAGUGGUGAUGACUCUGAUGGCGAUUCUGGCGGAAAGAACAAGAAAGCAAAGACGACUCGCUUCACUCAUGCAGUAAAGGGAAAGGGCAAAUCCAAAGUCUGAUGCUUGGUGUAUAUUGUUCGGCAGCAAUUUGACAAGGAACCAGCUAUUUACUAGCUGCUGCGGCAUCUUCUUUUGUACCAUCUUGGCCCCCUCAGCUAAGAUGCUGAAGACCCAUAUCCACAUGUGCUUCGGUUGCUUUUGAAUCCCAUAUCAACACAUGCUGAAGGCCCAUAUCAAACAAAUGCUGUUGAACCCAAUAGUUGCCUACUACAGCAAUGCUCCCAAGGAGUUAGCCAGUUAGGUCUAUAAAUAGGUUUCGGUUGCUUUUGGAUCCUGACAUGCUUACAGUCACUUGUCAAUGAGGGCUUUUAACGGUUUAAUCUCAUAUAUCAACAUAUGAAACAUCCUGACAGUUGGUUGAAUGCAAUUUAUGUUUUCAUAUAAAAUUCGUAUGGGUUCUCUCAUCUGUU